AUGGCAUCCGUGGUCGCCAAAUGGGUGAACAGAGGUCCCGGUCCUUCUAAUUUUAACCCCACAAUGACGAUGCAGGGCGGGAUGUACCAUUACAUGGGUCCCAUGAUUCCAUCCGAAGGGCGGGCGCCUUCCUAUGCUUCCGUUUACAUUCAUGACACUAACUACGCCACCCAGACGCGCACAAGGCUUGGAAACUCUAGACAACUGGAAGAGGCACUGAUGACGCAACUGACACACAUGCUGCACGAAUGCAACCCCUACGUGCAGACUUUUCUAUGUAUGCGAGAAUGGGCUCAAUCUCCUCACAACAACACUCCUGCCACGUACCAGAUGGUCAUCCAUGACGACCGCAGGCCAAGUCAUGAGCACGUGCGCCGGUACAAUUGUCCCGAAGCUUCUGAAGUCGCCGCAUUGAUCCCUGGAAAUGAAGACGGAGAGAUUGGGCGAAGAUAUAUCGUCGUGCGCAGGAGACGGACUCUGAACAGUAACGGGAACGAAGUGCUGGAUCCGAUUUCAGUCAGUCAUCGCGCAUACGAUCCAUUGAGUUACGUGCUUUUGUUCCCGAACGGUAGAGAUGGAUGGUAUCCAGAGCUUCGAUUCUCCAGUGUUCAAGACGGCAGACGUACCAAGAUUACUCCGAUGAUGUACUACGGAUGGCAUUUGUUCGAAAGAGCUGGCGAGUUCAGCACAAUCUUGCACGCAGCACGACUAUUUCAGCAAUACUUGGUUGACCAGUUCUGCAAAGUGGAGGCAGAAAGGCUUUCUUAUCUCCGCCGCAACCAGACACAACUUCGAGCCGCCGACUACACCUCACUCGGCGACAGCCUAGGAGACUCCGGUCGUGCUGAAGAUGAAGCCGAUGCCGUGCGUGCGGGACCACUGUUCAUUCUCCCUUCCACGUACAUUGGAGGUGACCGCUAUAUGAGGCAGCAGAUGCACGACAUCAUUGCUAUAUCGAACCAAAUUGGCCACCCGGACAUCUUCCUCACCAUGACAUGCAACCCAAGCUGGCCGAAGAUCACAAGAGCCCUACUGCCGAACCAAACGCCUCAGGACAGACCGGAUCUGUGCGCACGUGUGGUUCGUCUGAAAAUGAAAGAUCUCAUGUCCUUGGUCAUCAACGAAGAAGUAUUCGGAACCGUUGUUGCCCAUGUACGAGUCAUCGAGUUUCAGAAACGCGGUCUUCCCCACGCUCACGUAGUAUUUUUCCUAGAUGAAGUCUCCAAGAAUGAUCUGCGUACUCCCGAAAACGUCGACCGCAUUAUCUCUGCCGAUAUCCUGUCUGCCCAAGAUCCAGAACUCCAAGAGGUCGUGCUCAAGCAUACGAUUCACAAUCCAUGUGGAGAACACAAUCCAACAGCUGUGUGCAUGGGCGAGCGGUACUGCAGGAAAGGGUUUCCAAAAUCGUUCAAACACGAAACCAGCCAGUCCGACAGUGAGUACCACAUCACGUACCGAAGAAGGGCACCCUCUGCAGGUGGCGUCUCCAUCGAGCGAUCCUCCCGUAUUGGCCGACGACAGCAACCCGUCGUGGUAGACAACUCCUGGGUCGUUCCCCACAGUCCUGUGCUUCUACGUUCAUUCGCUUGCCAUUUGAAUGUUGAACUCUGCGUGUCACGCGUUGGCGGAAUCAAGUACCUCUUCAAGUAUGUGUGCAAGGGACAAGACCGAGCCGCAUGGAGGUUAUUCUCCUUUGACAUUGUAGACCGCAAUCCUCCAGUAGUCAGGCUUGCAGUGCAUCUGCCCAACCACCACACGGUGUACUUUGAGGAAGGGCGAGAGCAGGAGGCGGCGCUUCGACCAGCAACACGCACGAAGCUGACCGAGUGGUUUAAAGCCAACGAGAAGUACCCAAGCGCGCGGCAUAUUCGGUACCACAAGUUUCCAAGGUACUUCACGUGGAAGACACACACCAAGUCAUGGACCUACGAUUUCAGUGGUACAGGUGUCAACGUAGUCGGUCGAAUCUACACUGUCAGUCCGAGGGAGGGUGAGCGCUACUUUCUUCGCCUCCUCCUCACACAAGUGCCAGGUGCAACAUCCUUCGAGAACUUGCGAAAUAUGGACGGCGAGCAGUGCACCAGCUUCCGACAAGCUUGCUUACGACUCGGUUUGCUGGCCGACGAUGACGAGUGGAAGCACGCAAUCCGAGAUUCAUUCCGGUCAAGCUUCGUUCCUCUUUCUCAUCUGUUUGCUACGAUUCUGGCACACUGCCAGCCUUCGGACCCUUUCUCGCUGUGGAACGACCACCUGGACAUGUUUCUCACCGAUAUUCGCAAUCGUGCACGCGGACAACCCAUUCGAAGACAGCAGCUUCGCGAUGAUCACCACGCCACAUCUUACGUGCUUCGAGAGGUACAGGAGGCCCUGCAGACCGUGCGCGUAUCCGUCUCUGCAUUGCUUCAAGGAUCCUCAAGCGCCGUGGCCGGACCUUCUAUGCCGACACGAAGUGGUCGUCUCUUCUUCCUCGAUGCUCCUGGCGGAAGAGGCAAAACAUUCGUGCUCAGCGCCAUUCAAGACUUCCUUCGUACGCGCCGUAAGCAAGUCAUCGCUGUCGCUACGUCUGCUGUUGCUGCUGUGUUGCUCGACGGUGGACGCACCGCUCAUUCCGUGUUCAAGGUUCCCAUUCCUGUAUCUGCCGAAAGCACGUGCAGCUUCUCCGCAAACUCCGACACUGGCCGUACACUGCAACAAGUCGAUCUCAUCGUAUGGGACGAGAUCGUCAUGUGCCAUCGACAUUGCAUUGAGACUGUCGAUCGCUCCCUUCGCGACUUGAUGCAAACCGACCGGCCCUUCGGAGGAAAGUUCCUCGUGCUCGCUGGAGACUUUAGACAAAUCCUUCCCGUCGUUCCGGGCGGGUCCCGAGGUCAAAUCGUGAGCGCGUGCGUCAAGGCUUCCCCGCUGUAUCGAGAGUGCCGAUUCCUGCGCCUUACCGAGAACAUGCGCCUUGCUGCUCUCCGAGCGGACCCUGCAGCAGAUUUGGAGGCUCUCAACUUUCCAGAGUUUCUCCUCAGCCGCGUUAUACUCACCACAAAGAACAGGCCGCUCGAGGAAGUCAACGAGGUCAUCGGCAACAUGAUUCCGGGACCGUGUCGAACGUAUUUGAGCGCAGAAAAGGUCGAGAACGAAGACACCAACGCGCUAAUCUGUCCCACAGAAAUGCUCAACACCUUGACCGCCGGAUCUGCUCUACCGGACCACAAGCUCAAGCUCAAGAAAAGCUUCAUCGUCAUGCUUCUGCGCAAUCUCGAUCCCGCUAUCGGUCACGUCAACGGCGCGCGAUAUGUCAUCGAGAACAUGACUAACAACCUGCUCUUUCUACGCGUUACCACCGGGUCACACCAAGGCAACAGACUGUGUCUUCCUCGAAUGCCCUGCGGACCAGGAGACGACAACUUUCCCAUCCCUGGCUUCACCCGAACGCACUUCCCCAUUCGCACGUGCUUCGCCCUUACAACGAACAAAGCGCAAGGCCAAUCCUUCGGUGGCCGCAUUGGUCUCGACUUACGAGAUCACUGCUUCUCGCACGGUCAACUCUACGUCGCACUAUCAAGGACUACUCACCCAGGGAACGUCACUGUCCUCACUCGAGAGUCCAAUGAAACAACGCGAAACAUAGUGUACCCCGAGGUCCUUCAGUAG